AUGAUGAACAGAAAGAAUCCAUGUUCUCGAGGUAUUCAAUUACGCGUUUGGCUCAAUGAGCAAAAUAAUUCAACAACAAAUACAUGUCUUUGCCCGCCUAGUUAUUAUGGUGAUCAUUGUCAAAAUCAAAAUCAACGUGUCAGUUUAACUAUGGGAUUUCGAGUAAUGUCUGAUUCUCGAUCAACAUUAUUUGCAAUUAUAAUCUCAUUGAUUGAUGAUAGUGAACAAAGAAUUAUUCAUUCAUACGAACAAUUGAGUUAUUUAUCGGUUAGAGAUUGUAAAGCUAAAUUUAAUGUCUAUUUAGUUUAUUCAAAUCGACCAAAAUCUCAAACAAGAAAUUGUUCAAUACAUGUUGACAUUUAUGAAAAAAUUUCGCUAAAUUAUCGAG